UGGCAGAGCGCUGCAUGAAUGCGGGUCGUUUGUAUACGAAUUUGUUAGUUUUAAAUUAGUAAAAGUACCAAUAACAAAUUUCAUAUGCAAUUAGUGGUCGUUGUUCCCACUGCGAAAUAAUUCGAAAGUGAUUUACUCUCAGUUUGUUUAUUUAUGUUGGCAACACUUCCAUCAGUAGAGCGCCUCUGGUGGAAUUCGCUUGUUGGUGGAAAUUCAUGCUCUGAAUUUUUCUCAAACCUACGGCUGGAAUUUAUUGAGAUACUCAGGUUCGGAACGCGAAAACAAACAACAACACGACGUCUGGCAGUAUUCUCAGAAUGCAGAAAAAUGAACCGAGUGCUUCAGAUCAUCCGCCAGAUUCAGGGGGGUCUACGAUACAUCGAAACAACACAACGCAUGAAGACACCCUGGGCCACUUCAGAGUGGGUAUAUACGGUUGGAGGAAGAGGUGUCUCUACGUACUCAUCUUAGUGCUUUUAUUAAUGGUCAUUAUUAACUUAGCUUUAACUUUAUGGAUGUUGAAGGUCAUGGAAUUUUCAGCAGAGGGUAUGGGUCAUCUGAAGAUAGUGAAUGGUGGAAUCAGAUUAGAGGGAAGAGCUUUCGUACUCGAUAAUUUAUUAGCAAGUAGUAUAAAAUCCAGAUAUGGUCAACCAAUAGUGAUAGAAUCCAGUAUGAAUUUAACAUUAUCAACGAGAAAUAAAGAUGGAUAUUUAGAAAACUUCAUUUUUUUAGGGGACGAUCGUUUCGAGUGCCUAGCGAAAAGUUUCAAAAUCAUGGACGACCGGGGUGUACUCUUGUUCUCCGUGGACGAUCAGGAAGUCCUAGUUGGAGCAGAUAGUCUGAGAGUCUCUGGGGAGGGUGGUACCAGCUUCACCGGUUCCGUGCAAACCACGCUUGUGAGAGCAGAUUCGGAUCUAAGGUUAGAAUCGCCGACCGGAUCCCUACACGUGAAAGCGCCCCAAGGCGUGAACAUAGAGUCAAGAGGAGGAAAGAUCAACCUGCUUUCAUUCAACGAUAUAACCCUGAGGUCGGAGGUGGGAUCGAUCAAUUUAGAAUCCAGUUCCAUCCUGAUGCCGGCUCUGCCCACAGCCAUCUCCACUAGUAGGCCAACGGCGUCGAAGACCCACGAAAUAUACCAGCUUUGCGUGUGUGAUAACGGAAAACUUUUUUUGGCUCACCCCCAACACAUUUGUGCAGCGAAUAGUGACGACAUCAUAUGCCGAUAAAAAUAUUACGGUGUCAACAAAUAAUCAGACAUGAAUAUUUUAUGACGCCUUCAAAACGGUUUGACGAACAUUAUAGUAACCAUAAAUCAAAUGGUUCAAAAGACGCACAAAAUGGACCCUUUUACUUCAUUAUAAUUUCAAUUCAACUUUUGUUCUUCCAGUUUUUCAGAUCAAUUGCUCGAAACAGUGUUCAUUUUUGUGUUGGUGUUUCACCACCAGUUAUUGCCAAAAUUCGUAGGAUGUUUAGCCCAUAACAAAUUUGUGGUCUUAUUGUGAUAUUUGCUAAGCUGGGCGCGAUCAUUUCUACAGUUGUGUUACUCUGAUUGAUAUAGAAUAAAUCCGAAACCAUGACCAGCAUAUACCCACUAUUCAAGGUUGUCAAUAUGGUAACAAUGUAUGAUUGUGUGGCUAUGUAUGAUUGUGUGGCUAAUUGGGUUCAUAAGAGACAUAGUUUAUUAUUCACCUGUGUGGAAAAUAAUAUUGGUAAUCUAGUAAUAAUGCACAAGAAAGACUGUAACGGGUUUAGUUUGAAAAAGGGUUUAAUCUCGAGCGCCAGCUAUUCUUUCAAUAGGGAGGAAUAGCAAAUCCACCGAGGUACCUACUAGUCGGAGAC